AUGCACUCCCCUUCACUGUUCAUUCGCACCCUGUUCCCACCCCUCCUUACUCGUGCCUUCUCUUACUCUUCCCCCAUUCUCUCUCCACCGGCCCAUUCUCUCCCCUCCUUCCCCCUCACCAGCAACGUGGGUUUCAACUACCUCGCUGGUCGCAUCACCGGCACUCCCUCUGCCUCCCUCAAGUCCCUCAACGUCGCCUCCAACCUCCUCACAGGCACCUUCCCAGCAUCUUCCACCACUGCAUGCGAUGCUCGUAACAACUGCCUAACCGAAUCCUCCAAGUGCCUUGCCUCCGGCUCCUCCUCCCAAAGGACCUCCUCUGACUGCGACCUCUGCGGUGCUGGGAGUUCCAGUGCGGUGAUAUGCAAUGGAGGGGUGUGCACGCCUGACACUACGGAGCUGAUGGCAGCACUCACGUCUAAUAGUGACUCUGCUGCUCUGCUGCCCAUGCAGUGCUCGGGUGUGCGCAUUGACGCCACAGCAGCGCUUGACUUUGACAAGUCUCAACAUUCCGUUGCAGCCUCUUGUCUGGUUUCUAACACCCUCUCAUCCACUCCACCCUCCUUACUUCCACACUGUCCAUACACUCGCUGCUGUCCCUCGACUCCAAUCUUCCUCCGUCCCUCAACCCCAUCACUCCACUCCUACUCUCCUUGCACCCUCCAUCCUUCCCUUUCCCACCCCCCAGUAUCGGUGCUUGGGAGUCUCAAGGCGGCGCUGGGAGUGCCUUUCUCUGACUGGGGAGGCAACUCCCUUUGCACGGUGGUCCUCGUGGUUUCCGGAGUCAGCGUCUCCUCCCCUGGCCCCAGCGACCUCAUAGACGUGCUGUGCAGCCCGGCCGGGGCUGUCGUGGAGAUCAACCUCAACACGCGCCAGCUGGCUGGCUCCAUGCAUGCAGAUAUCUCCAAGCUCACUGCACUCACUGCUCUUCGGCACAAAAUACACGCGUCUGGGCUGCACCUACUCAACCAAGAGUCUGUUGCGCAAUCUAUCCACUCAAAUCCCUCCCCCUCCCUCCCCCCCGUCCCCCUCAAUGCAUGCCACAGGAGUCUGGGCUCCAACUACCUCACUGGGAGCGUGCCAGUGCCAGGCGCUGCCCUGAAGCACCUGGACCUCGAAAACAAUUACCUUGUGGGAACCUUCCCAUCUGGUUCCUGGCAGUCCUGCUCGGCACGCACCAACUGCUUCUCGAGUGCUGCUGCUUGCACGGCGGACGGAGGCAUAGGGACUGUUCAGAGAGACACGUGCAGUAUCUGUGGCAGUGUCGAUGGCACAGGGGUGUUGUGCAGCGGCGGUGGUGCUUCAACCUGCCAGCCCACACCUGCUUCCCUCGCAUCCCUCUCCGUGAUCAACAGCAUUUCUACCCCUGCGCUCCCUAUGGAGUGCUCCUUGCUGCCGGCUGUUCCCGUCAACUCUACUGCAAUGGCGGCGCUGCUGAGCAUCAAGACAGCCUUGGGAGUGACGCACACAGGGUGGGCGGCGAACGCUGUCUGCACGCUGGCAGGGACAGCUGGCACUGUAGCGAGUGGGAGCUUGACGGGUGUGGAGUGUGACUCGGCUGGCAACCCCGUCAAGAUUGCGAGUGGUCAGGGCAUGCUGUGUGGCGGCACAGGGGUGUGCACGCCCAAUGCCGCUGCGCUGUUCACUGCCAAGAUGCCGAAUACUGCUGCUGCUGAUGUUCUCCCCAUGUCUUGCGUUGACCUUGUGUGUGCGGCAGCUGCACCCAUUGCCUGCCCCACUGACUGGCGCUGCCAGGGUCUGAAGUGUGCAUCACCUGCCGUCUCCAAUUGCUAUGGCUACCUCUGCACUCCUUAG